AUGCAAACACAACUAUAUGAGGGGAUGUGUAGAAAUUACUUGACUCUUGCUGAACCACAAAGACAUCGAAUCAAAGUGCUUCUUUAGGAUAUACUGGGUUUUCUCCCUAUCUUACUUUCUUCUCUUUUAUUUCUUGUGGAUAUCAUGGCUAAUAACACAAGCUUAGGGAGUCCUUGGCCAGAAAACUUUUGGGAGGAUCUGAUAAUGUCCUUCACCGUGUCCAUGGCGAUUGGACUUGUAAUUGGAGGAUGCAUUUGGGCUCUCUUUGUUUGCUUGUCUCGAAGAAGAGCCAGUGCCCCCAUCUCUCAGUGGAGUACCAGCCGACGCUCCAGGUCUUCUUACAACCAUGGACUCCACAGACCUGGAUUUUACCGUCACAGUGGCUGUGAGCGUCGAAGCAACCUCAGCCUGGCCAGUCUCACAUUCCAGAGACAAGCUUCCAUGGAACAAGACAAUUCCUUUCCAAGAAAAUCAAGUUUCAGGGCAUCUACUUUUCAUCCCUUUCUGCAAUGCCCACCACUUCCCAUAGACACAGAUAGUCACCUGAUGACGCUUCCAUCUUCCAGCGCUUCUCCCAGCAACACAUCCCACAGCCUGAGCCGCCCUGAUUUCCACUGGUCCAAUAAUAACCUUCGCAUUGGCUUUUCAACACCUCCCCCACCUGCCUACGAGUCCAUCAUCAAGGCAUUUCCAGAUUCUUGA